CAGAGAUUUACCCCGCUGCUUCAAACUACCCACCCACUUUAGUCCCGCUUCUGUCCCGCUUCAGUCCCGGUGGAGUGUCUCAUACGAGCGGAUCUGGAACAGCGGAACCAGCGCUGGGCUUCUGGAUCCACCGAAACAGCUUAUAUUUCAGCCAACGGGCUUCUUUCGCUUUACAGAGACCCGGUACAUGCGAAUGACGAGAGCGUAGAACUGAGUCCUUUUUUUUUUAGUCAGUGUUGUUUCUUUCCUUAACGAUAAAGGACUGUUGUUGAUGUUCCUCCUAAUAUUAUUAUCGGUUUAAAACUGAGGGGACAAACAUAAAGUUUUGAGUGAGUUUAGAGUGAUUUGCGUAAAGAAGAGGAGAGGGAAGAGGAGAGCGUCCCCCCCACAUGAGGGCGAGAUCUGACUGAACUUCAUUCUGCCAUUCACACAAUAUGAAGAAAUGUCUGAGGAGACAGAGUUGGAUGUGAGAGGCGGUGUGGUGCGGAGAGAACGAGAUCGAGAGAGGGCACGCGAGUCCACGGCCAGAGCCAGCAGCAGGAGCAGCAGCAGCGGUGCAGGGGGAGGAGGAGGAGAAGGAGAAAGCUCCAUGCAGUUCAGCACCAGACCGGCCAGCGCCGAGCCGGGCUUCAUGGGGACAUGGACACAGCAGAGCACUGACAGCAACCUCCUCUUCAGAAUGUCCCAGCAGGCCAUCCGCUGUACUCUGGUAAACUGCACAUGUGAGUGUUUCCAGCCUGGAAAAAUCCACCUCCGGACAUGUGACCAGUGCAAACAUGGAUGGGUCGCUCAUGCUCUUGACAAGCUGAGCACACAGCAUCUCUACCACCCGACGCAGGUGGAGAUUGUACAGUCCAAUGUGGUGUUUGACAUUAGCAGUCUGAUGCUAUAUGGGACUCAGGCAGUACCUGUGAGGUUGAAGAUCCUGCUGGACCGUCUGUUCAGCGUUCUCAAACAGGAAGAGGUUCUGCACAUCCUCCAUGGCCUGGGCUGGACCCUGAGAGACUAUGUUAGAGGCUACAUACUACAGGAUGCUGCAGGCAAGGUUCUGGACAGAUGGACUAUAAUGUCUCGGGAAGAGGAGAUCAUCACUCUUCAACAGUUUCUGCGCUUUGGUGAAACCAAGUCUAUUGUGGAAUUGAUGGCCAUCCAGGAAAAGGAGGGUCAGGCAGUCACAGUACCCUCAUCAAAGACUGACUCUGGAAUCAGGACUUUUAUUGAAAGCAACAAUCGCACACGUAGUCCUGGCCUUCUGUCACACCUAGAAAACAACAGCCCCUCUAGCAUUCACCAUUUUGAGAACAUCCCAAACAGUUUGGCCUUCUUGCUGCCCUUCCAGUAUAUCAACCCAGUGUCAGCCCCCAUGUUAGGGCUGCCACCAAAUGGACUGACCAUUGAGCAAUCAGGUCUCAGAAUGCGAGAGCCAAAUCUGCCCAAUCAGAGCGAGCAAGUGGAGACCAGUGAAUCUGAAGUGUCCCUCUCACCAUUUCGUAGUGGUCAGAGCCCUAGUCGAGGAACAAUGGGGACCUUACCUAAUGCCAUUGAACCUAAAACAGAACCCAACAGAGCUUCACCCAUCUCUCCAACACCAUCUACACAGCAGUCCCAGCAACCGCAGACACCAACACAGCAACCACAGGGGCAGCAACAGCAGCAGUCAAGUAGUCUGAACAACCACCAGAUCCAUCACCAUUUUGAAAAGAAUGAACAGUCGAAAACCAUUACACACUCUUCUUUCUCUUCCAAAAUGCAUCGCAUGCGUCGUAUGGGUGCAACCUCACGUAAGGGUCGAGUCUGCUGCAACUCCUGUGGCAAGACUUUCUAUGAUAAGGGUACUCUAAAGAUCCACUACAAUGCUGUGCAUCUGAAGAUUAAGCACCGUUGUACUAUUGAAGGCUGCAAUAUGGUCUUCAGCUCACUGCGAAGUCGUAACCGGCAUAGCGCUAAUCCCAAUCCUCGUCUACAUAUGCCCAUGCUAAGGAACAACCGGGACAAGGACCUCAUUCGCUCCAGUUCUGGGACAGCAACACCUGUCAUAUCAAGUGCCAAAAGUGGCUUCAAUCUAACUAGCCCUGGGCGACCACCACUAAGCUUUGCCACCCCACCUCUUGACCCUAUGAUACAGUCACCUCUGCAGAGCCCCCUUGUUUUCCCUUCACUGAAGUCUGUGCAGCCAGUGCAACCUGUGCCACCUUUUUAUCGCACACUGCUCUCUCCCGCUGACCUAGUUAGUCCCCCAGUCUCUCUGCCUACCAGUCCAAUUUUGCCUGCCACAACCAACAGCACAUCUCUAACAGACCAGCAACAGAUGUUAACUGCUAGCUCCCACAACAUGCAUGUAUCUGAAACAUCGUUUUCUCAUCGCCUACCCACAACUCCCAGUACCCAAGAUUCUGUGACUGUUGACCCUAUGCCUAAAAAGAAGCCUCGCAAAUCCAGCAUGCCAGUAAAGAUAGAGAAAGAAGUCAUAGAUGUGGCAGAUGAUUAUGAUGACAAAGAUGAUGAUGAUGAAGAUAGUUGUCACCAUCACCACCAUCAGCCAUCCAACAUCCAUAACAAUGUCAAUGGCAACUGCAACAACAACAAUAACAGCAGCAGCAGCAGCAGUCAUCACUGUGGAGGCAGUGGACAUCAGUCUCCAUCACAUGAUGAAAUGAGUCCCAGUCUAGCUCUUAGAGGCAUGCUUCAUCCUGACCAAGAAGACUGCAGUGGGAGUCAUGGUAGUAGAGGCCAUGGUGACCUGCGUUGUAUUGACAGUUUUACCUCUGAGGACCAAGAUCAUGAGCGUGAUUUUGAAAAUGAGUCAGAGACAUCUGAAUCCAAGAUGCUCUACCGUGAUGACCUAAUGGACACUGACGUACAUCAGCCAGCCCUAGACAGAAACCUGGGCAAGGAACACCAGGGGACAGAAGAUGAGGGACACCUACGGAAAGAUUUUGAGGAACAAAGCCAUUCCCCACCCUCUCAACACCAGCCUGUUAUCAAAAUCAAGGAGGAGAUCAAUGAUCCUACUUAUGACAUGUUCUGCAUGGGUCAAUAUAGCCUUUACAAUGGGGGUAUGGCAGCUGCUGCUGCCGCUGCUGCCAGCAUGGCUGCCUUACAUGAAAGUUUCAUCUCCUCUAUGAGCUAUGGAUCAAGCCCACCAAAAUUCCCUUCUCAGUCCCCUGACAGUGAUCUCUGCUCUAGUCCUGAUCCCAAGAUUUGCUACGUCUGCAAAAAGAGCUUUAAAAGUUCGUACAGUGUCAAACUGCACUACAAGAAUGUGCACCUAAAAGAGAUGCAUGUGUGUACUGUGGCUGGAUGCAACGCUGCUUUCCCCUCCCGACGGAGCAGAGAUAGACAUAGCUCCAACAUCAACCUGCACCGCAAACUACUGACCAAAGAGCUGGAUGACAUUGUCCUGGACCCCCAGCUUACAACCUUGCCUAAAGAGCUGCGUGCCGAGUUUCUGUCAACAAUCUAUGCUGACCACCAUCUAGGACUGGAGGGGGUAGGGAAUGCUGGACCACCACGAGAUAGAGGACAUGAGGGAAUGAGAUCUCCAGUCGCUAAAGAAUAUUCACACAGCAACGGCUAUUGCCAUGGCCCCAGUGAUGACUACAUGGUGCUUGACCUGAGUACCACCUCCAGUGUACAAUCAAGUGGCAGUGUGCAGUCCUCACAGGAGUCUGAUGAGGGCAGUGAUGAGGGCAUCCUGCUGGAUGACCUGGAGGGUGCGAGUGACAAUGAGGACUGCACCCCCAGUACUGUGGCUAAGAGACUGGCAAGGGAGGGAAAGGAUACGGAGGACGCCAGGAAGGAAGGAAGAGAAGGAGCCACAGAGGAGGGGCUUCUGCACUGUGAUCCUUCGUUCUCACCAUCCGUCUUGGCAUCCAGUGGAGGUAAUGGCACAGGAGGCAUCCUGUGCACCAUCUGCCACAAACUGUACAGUAACAAAGGGACCCUUCGGGUGCACUACAAGACUGUCCACCUGCGUGAAAUGCACAAAUGCAAAAUACCAGGCUGUAACAUGAUGUUUUCUUCUGUGAGAAGCAGAAACAGACAUAGCCAGAACCCCAACCUACACAAAAAUGCCCCCUAUACCACAAUGAUUGACUAGACAUCCCUCCUCACCACACUGCCUCAAGUUCCAAAUACUCCACACAACUCCCUCUCCAUUCCCCAGCAACAUAAUGCUAUAAAAACAGCAUUAUUUCUCUCUUCAAACAUCUUUUCAAGUAUGAAAAGUUUAGAGCAUAAUUGUGCCCUUUUGACAUUUCCGUUUUUUGGAAGCAAAAGACUAACCAUCAUAGAUCUCUCCAUCCCUCACACAAACGUCUCCUCAAUCUUUAAUUUGUGACUCUUGCCUGCAGAAAUGAUCAUGAGGAAAGAAAGAAAACAAACAAACAAACAAACAAAAAAAAACAAAAAACAAAAAAAAACUUGUAUUUGUGUAAUAAUAGCUUUUAAAGAAUCACAUACAAGAGCAUGACUGGCUUAAACAUGUAAAUAAUAAUGUUGUGAGGGGCUUUGGUGUGAAACAGUUGUAUUGAUGGUUGAUAUUUUCUCUUUUUUGUUCGUUUUAAUUUUCUUUUAGUCUAAUACUUUCAUUUUAAAAAGUUAAGCAAGACAAAGUAGCAUCUGCCUAGCUUGAUUCAUUUAUAUUGGCUUUAAGAAUGUUUUACCUUAGAAAAGAAAAAGUAAAAACAUGUGAUAUGUGACUUGUUUUAUCUACGUGUUAGAUAUACAGAUGGCAUGCUUUUAGCUCUGACAAAGUACCUUUUUUCUUUUAUUUUCUCAUGUUUAUAGCUUUGGUACAAAAAAAAAAAAAAGAAAGAAAAAAUCAAUUUUGCACUUUGCAACUAUACUAGUGGGACUUGUAACAUUAUUACAAGGAUAACACUUUACAAUGAUGGUUGUCCAACAUGAAAGUGACAUUUUUAAGGAUACAGUGCCAAGCGGUAAUUGCUGUUCCUUUGACAGAAAUGUGCCAGAUCUUGAUAUGAGAGUAAUCUCAUUUGACAUGAUUAAACCCAGUAUUCAUCCUUAGUAAGUGUUUCAGGUAUAUUCAUUUGAAUGCAGUAAAAAGUAUUACUGACUCUGAUCAUAUAAUUUGAAGUGUGUAAGUGUAUGGUUAAAGACUGAAUUAGCCCAGAGGUUAGGUAGAAAAUCUUUCUGCUGCAUGUAGUAUUACUUUAAAAGAGUUAGUAAGUGUCCUGUAAUUUAUUUUGUCUCUAUAAAUUUGAUCCGUUUUAUCCUAUAAGAAUGUCAUUGCCAUUUCAGAGUGACACACAAGAGAGGCUCUAAACUGUGACCAAAAUUAAAGACAAUGUUCCAAAACCUCAUGAACAGAAAUGACACAUUGAUAGCAAGUUUGGGUAGUUUCCUGAGACGCUUUAGUUCCAGACGUUCAUUUACAGCAGAACCUCUGAAAACUGCUGCAAUAGUCAUCUUUAUCUUGUUCCUGGCAAAUAUUGUCUGUUGGCCACAAAAUAUCAAGACAAAGAAGAAAGCACUAUUAAAUUUGAUCCAGUUAGUGGGUAUGUAGAUAUGACUAUUUAUUUCUAAUAAUCUGUUUAUAAUAAUUAACUGAAUGCAAAAUAGCCCUUUGAUGUCUAUUGCUGUCAAUUGGAAUAAAUGCAAUGAAAGAUAAUUAUGAAUGAAUGAAAUGUAAUUUACAUUCCUGAAACUCCAUGCAGUUCAAAAGGUUUUUAAUACUGAACAAAGACUAGAUGUAUUUUUUCCUUCCUUUAUGUACUAUAACAGCAGCAGUCCUUGUGGUACGAUGGAAGGCAUGAAGAUUAAGAGAUAUUUCCACGAGGGAAUAGUAGUGUGUUUCAUUCAAAAUGUGUUGCUACACAGAACCUUGAGAUAUUUUCACCACUGAUCUGUGUAAUAAUUCAGCUGUCAAUUCAUUAAAUUCAGUGAUUCAGUAAAUGCUGCUGACAAUACUGCAUCAGGAAGAGACCCAAGCUGUCCUUUUGGUUUUCUCUUUCAUUCCUUCCUCUGUUUUUUCAUACUCUGCCACCACCCUACCCACUACCUCUUACCCCCAUCACAACUGCUGCCACAGUGGGGGUCCUACAGGGACACUGGCUAAUAGCAUAUGCUUAACUUCACCGGAUGGCACACAACACAGACAAGGAGUUGUAAUUGCCUGUUUAUUCCAUAUAAGGGGAAAAUUGAGCACAUACAGCCAAGUUUCCCCCUAGAGUCACAGCGGUGUUUUACUUUCCUGCUCUCUGAAAGGGCUAUGAAAGAGUGCCACUUCAGAGGCACAUUACUGCUUCAAAAACAAUGCCCAAACUCUGUAGUUCUUGCACCAACAACUAAUCAGUAAGAUGACAGAAAUGUGAGGACCUGUUAACCUCAAAACAGAAUGCAUAUUUAGGAUUAACAAAGGAUGGUGCUUUAUUGAAACCCAAAUAGUAAUAAUAAUAAUAAUAGUAAUAAUAAGAGUUAUUAUUUUUAUUAACAACAACAACAAUAAUCAUAAUGCUAAUAAGAAGAUUUAUGUAGAUGAGUAACGUAAUAUCACAAAGUGAAAGUUAUCAACCUCAUGGCCUCCAUAUUUUCCAGACUGUCAAACUAAAGACUUCUAGAGAGAUACACAGCAUGGGCACAAAGAAAAAGUCUCAUAUUUCAGUCUGUUUAGAGAUAGAAAAGUACUUCUAAAUCUGAAUCCCUGAUUCCGUACACAUUAUGCUUUUAUUAGCAUUACAUUUGUCUGAUGGUUGUAAAAAAAAAAAAAAAAAAAAAAAGUUUGAAAAUAAUGCAGUCCUUUGAGUAGCCAUAAUAUAUAACAGGGAAAUGGUCUUAAAAAUGGGUUUUAGUGUCAGUCAUUUAACAAAAGAUAUUUGUGAGAGAAGGCAGGAAGGAAGGAAGGAAUGAAGAAGCAAAUGAAAAUAAACCAUUUCUCAGGACAUUCUGCUAUAAUGCAUUGAUCUUCUUUUGGAGAAUAAAUUCCUACUCUUGUACUAUCCCCUCCAGCACCUAUUUUCCUUUUCCCCUGCAUAUAAAUGACCAGCAUAUUCUUCUCUGAGAGCCCAUCAAGAUCUCUGGUGUCCAGAGUUGGGCAGUCAUUAUUGUCCUGCAUUGUCCCCACAGAGUUAGGCUUUUACCAUGAAGCCACUAGCUAAAAGAGUCUGUGAGCCUUAAAUAUUUCAUUGUAGCUCUGAGGACAGGACCAUCACAGACUGUAGUACUACAGAAUGUAGUCUCUUGCAAAGGUGAUCUGUAAGUUUGCUGUGUUAACACUGUUCCUUCGAGGGCAUGGAGUGAAAAAGCACAAAAAAGAUCAAAUGGAAUUGAAACUUCAGAAUAGAAGACCUACGUCAAACAAAAUAUAUAGAUUUAACAAAUAAACACAGAGGAACAUUCUGUGAUCAGUUAUAUGAUGAUCAGUGAUACAAAAGAAGAAAUGGAAAGAAAAACCAUAGUCCAUAACUCAGUGCAAGUAUAAUAUAUGUGUUGUGCAACCACAAACAAUGAUAAAUAAGCCUGAAAUAUUUGUUAACCUUUACUUUUGUUUUAAUGUGAUGUUUGAUGUAGUUGUCUUGUUUGAUUGUCUUUAUUGCCCACUGAAGAAAAAGUGCAUCCAUUUUGAUGGGUGAUAUUAAUAGCUCAUCAAUGCUACUUUAAGUCUAAAUUGUUUACUUUUCAUCCCAUAAUUAAGACAGUACGAUGUCCUCCGUUAAUGAUUUUACAUUUCUUGGAAUCUUUUGUAUCAUAACUUUUUUUUUUUCUUUUCUUUUUUUGCAUAAAAUGCAUAUGGUGUGUAAAUGGAAUUUUUGUACAAAUCAGAAUUCUUGUACAAUUUUAUAUUAAAGAUUUAUCA